GCUUGAUAUUACUUUGCGAUGAUCGAUUAACAAAUUGAAGUGAUUGAAUACAUUGUUUUAAAGAUGAUUGCAUUAUUGAUUCCGGUAGUUUUGCUGCUUCUUUAUUGGUAUUUCGCGAGAAUUUUCCGGUAUUGGAAAACAAGGAAUGUUCCGUAUAUUGAGCCAGUUUUUCCUUUUGGAAAUUUUAAAAAUGUCGCAUUGAUGCGCGAAUCCAUAGGAGUUUUUGUUGCUAAUAUGUACAAGAGCAGCAAGGAGGAUUUUAUUGGGAUAUGGGUUCUAACGACGCCGAGUUUGAUCUUCAGAUCACCGGAACUUUUAAAGCAUAUUCUCGUUAAAGAUUUCAAUUACUUUUACGAUAGGCCUGUUUUAGCCGAAGAAGAUGUAGAUUUUAUUGGAGCCAACAUGCUUUUCUUUCAAAAGAACCCCGAGUGGAAAGCGGUUCGUAGCAAGAUCGGAGCCGUGUUCAGUUUGAGCAAACUCAGGGGAAUGGUAACGAUCGUUGAUAAGAUCGGAGAAGAUAUGAUGAAGUACUUGAAGAAAUCUGGAAAUGACUUCGAGAUGAACUCUAGGGAAUUAUGCGCCAAGUUGACAACGGAUGUUAUAGUUUCCUGCGGUUUCGGUAUAAACGCGAACUGCUUCGAGGACGAAAAAUCACCGUUCCGCGAAGCCGGAAAGAAACUCUUCGAUUUAACGCUGUUUAACUGCUUGAGGGUAAUUUGCUAUUUCCUUGUACCGUCCAUUGCGAGGCUCUUCAAAAUCUCGUUCUUUGAUCCAAAAGGAGUUAACUUUUUGAGACGUGUUUUUUGGCAAGCGAUCGACGAACGUGAGGAAUCGAAAAUCUCGCGACACGACCUUAUCGACAUCUUGAUUAAUCUCAGGCAAUCCGAAUCCAUACCAAACUUCGUUGGAGACAAACUCGCCGCGCAGUCGAUACAAUUCUACGCAGCAGGAUUCGAAACGACGAGCACAGGGUUUUCUUUCAGCCUCUACCAAAUCGCCCUUCAUCCCGAUAUCCAAGAAAAGUUAAGAGACGAAAUCCAUCAAUUCUACAACGAACACCAUGAAUUUACCUACGACAACAUCAAAUCAUUAACUUAUUUAGAUAAAGUAUUUUCAGAAACUUUGAGGAUGCAUCCGGGGCUUCCGUUCCUCAACAGGAUGACCAUGAAUGAUUACACAAUUCCCGAGACCAAACACGUUAUUGAGAAGGGAACUCCAAUAUACAUAUCUGUAUUAGGUUUACAUUUUGAUCCGGAAUACUAUCCGGAUCCGGAAAUUUUCGAUCCUGAGAGGUUUUCCGAGGAGAACAUAAAAAGUCGUCCGGAAUAUGCAUAUUUGCCCUUUGGAAAUGGUCCAAGAAAUUGCAUCGGUGCAAGAUUUGCUGUAAUGGUGACCAAAAUUUGCGUAGCUAAAAUCUUAUUACAGUAUAAAAUCGAAGCUUGCGAAGCAACACCCAAGAAGAUCGAAUACGAUCCAAACUCUUUUCUAGCUGCUCCCAAAGGAGCACUAACUUUGAGAUUUAUUAAAAUAAAUAAUUAA